AUGCCUGGUUAUUGUCUACCCGAUGGCAGCUAUCAAUCACGUGAGUCACAGUUGCGCCAGAGAUAAACUUUUCCGUGUUUUGACUUAGCUUGGAUAGGCGCAGUCUUAACCUGUCUGGCAAGAGCAUGUGCAAACUGAGGUGCACAACGUUCGCGGAAGUCAAUUUCUGAAGUACUAAGACGUCCUCCAUCCUGGAGCAGACACAAAGUUCUAGAAGGAGAAAAGAGAUAGCGGGACGAACAGCUGACGUGUGUAGGAUGCGAGCACGGUUGUAGAAUUAUGAAAUUGAUUUAUUGAAACUGUACUGUGUUUUUCUAAAUAUCACAGUUUUACUGCAGCACAACUUGCGAAUUGACCAAUCACCGGUCCAGAAACGGCGGCCAUACUUGCCUAACAUUUGUUUCGUUUCCCUUAGUCAGGUCAGUUUAAACUCGUGAUCGGCGUUGGCGUGAUGCCUUCCUGCGCGUCUCCGGCUGGUGCUACGCGUACGGAUGCGUUUGCGCCGCCGGUCGCGCUCCAGGCUGGUUUCUACCUGGUGCAUUUUCGUUAUUUCUUUUUUAAAUAGUCGUGGUAACAUACUAGAGUUAGUUUGGAAUGCGUAGCGACCUCUUUGCUUCCUACACGUAGUUUCGCGAGUUUCCCACAUGUAGGCGAAGUUUGAUUUCCUGGCUGGUUCGCGAUAACCACUCUCUUUCUGUUUUUCACUAGUGAUGGUCGAUGAGCUGCGUCUACAGCAAAGGCGAUAUGGGACAUUGAGCGAAUCAUCAAGGUUCGAAGACUGUUCAUUUUGAAGUGACCUGCUUGUGUUUUCAUCUGACUGGAUCUCCGGUGACUUGCGUUUUCGUGCCUCGGCACCAUUGAUCACACCAUUUGUUGGUAUAGCUAAGUUUGAGUCAUGUUUUUGAUAAUUUGCCUAUUUUCUGACCAUUAAGCGUUUCUAACGCUCCAGUUAGGACUGUCAGACAUGGAAAUUCGCGCUUGGACUGUUCGGUUGUUGUUUGUGAUAGAUUCCAUGCGUAGGACAUCGUUUUCAUAAUUUUUUUAGAAUGAAUUGCGAGCCAUGUGCUUUUAAAAUAGUUCUGGGGCUGUAAUGCGCCCUCAACCAUUUAAUUCUGCGCAUUCUGCUUACCCAUGCAGAAGCUCAGACUCGCAUGACGCUGCUUUGCUCAACAGCGUUCCAAAUCCACUUACGUGUUGCUACACUUGGUGUAGCAGCUGUUGAAGAUACAACCCUGAGGGAGUAUAUCACGUCGUCUUUAAUGGAAUCUUUUGGUUUUUCCUGAGUGCUUGUCACUGGACAUUAAUUGCGCCUGCUUGUUAUUGCGCGCACGUUGCGAGAAAAUUACUUCCUGGCGUACCACAUUUCCGAAGGUUUGCACACUAAAUACCAGACGACAUUUGGGCAUAUUCAUGGGAGUUUGACUCUGCGUGUUACUGUUCUGCACGCUAGUUUCGGUGAUUUACGUUUGAUGCAUCUGACAAAUGCAGGCUCGCCGGUCUCCGUAGGGUAACACGUUUAGGGAGUACAAUUUUAAGUUGUUUGCUGGUAGAGGAUAUUUAUUAAAUAGCUACGUGCGUCGAGGGGCAUUUAGGUAGUCUUUGUUGAGUUAUCAAGCCAAGUUAGCUGGCCACUUUCCGGACUAUAAGGCGUUUUCAGUUGUUCACCGAGUUCUUUGGGGACUUCAUAUUUCCCUUCGUAUGUGUUGUAACAUUUAAUAAUAAAAGUGUCCACGCACUGCGUCUUUUCUGGUUUUAAUUUAAUCAAGGAGCUUGUGAAGUCGCACGUCGUGCCCGCUAGGUAUUUCGUUUUAUUAGCAUCGUUCAUAAGGGAUCGAUAGAUUUCUCAGUUAAGUAAACUGCCGGUUUUGCAGCAUAUUGCUCCCAGAUGAUGGCACUUAGAUCAUGUACGAGUCGCUGAUGGUUAUCACUGGCCAUGCCUAUGUACUCCUGACUCACCAUCAAGCCCUUGUCAUCUGGAAGAAGUGUUUGCGUUUUGCUAAUUCAACCUUCGUGGUGGUCGAUGUUUUUUGCGACUUAUAGUUCUCCUCGUACUAAGCUGUAGUGACUUAGUCUCAUAUUUUGAUACACGGGCAUGUGCUGUACCGGUAUCGUGUUAAUGGUUUAACAAACUUUUACUAUGACCUAAGUGAUUGGAUCUGAUGAAAAAGGUAGUGGGACUCCGCACGUGUCACUCACACUUCUCUUGCGGCAUUUCGCGGGCUUUUAAGACCAACGGCCUGGACUGAAGUACACGUCAUUCCUGCCAGUGGCUACUGGGUCCAUGACUUCGAUGGUGAUUUGGCUGCUGAGACGGCUUUUCCAACCGAUUCAAGAUGUCAUCUCUACCCUCCGUUGCAUUGUAUACACAGUACCGGGGCCGUACGACCUCGAUUUUGGGUUCCUUGCUAGCACCCGAAAAUUUAGUAGCCUUUCAUUGUAGUUUCGUGGCUCCUUGGUUGAAGCAGCCAAUGCACUUUGUAACAGGAUGAACAGCAUUUCUGACCGGAGUACAGCGGUUGAUAGGAUUUGCUGGGGAUCACCGUUGGCUCUGGGUGCCAUGCCUGAGCCCUGGACAUGCGUUUAUGGACUCGUGUCUCUUGUUAAUCCAGGCCUGCUUACUGCUCCACGCAGUGUUUUUCGCAGUUUGCCGUCGUUUGACCAUCCGUUGCAUCCUUUCAGCGUGUGAGUAACAGCGUUUCCUCUUAAUUAUGGUUUUUGGUGAUAGUACUUUGCGAAGGUUGCUAUAAGUCUUAGAAGCCUUGUUCCGACAGCUAUGCACGACGGAGUGUUUGUCAUUCCGAACCAUUCUUGCACUCCAUACACUGUCUCACCGAAUAUGCCGAUUACCCCCUGCACGGUGCAUUUCGUUAGCAAGUAUGCUAAUAUGCUAAAUUUUACUCUGCUUCCCGAGUGUUCGUCUUGAGUUGGGGCGACUGAAGUCGCUGGAGGUAGGCUCCCCACCAACAGCCUUUUCGUCUCUGUGAUCGUUUUGGAGGUACACAUGCCCUUCAAUCUUCACUAAACAGUAAACGUCGCUCUUGGACUACGCUUCGAUCAACAGUAAAUCCCUUGGUUGCGUUCUAACCCAAAUCCAGUCAUUAUACAACUGUCGCGUGAAUUCCAACGGUUCUAUUUCUCCUCAUCAGUACAGAAAUUGCCUAGGGAUGUUAGCAUGUGGCCGCUUGGCUGUCACGCACUGGGUCAGCCGCGGGGGACAGAUUUCGACCAUUCGUGCCACCUGCCGCCGUGUUGACUACGCGACUUGUGUAGACUUCAGGCAUAUCUGACGCUCUCACUUCUGCUUUUAACUGCUGUUACGGUGUCGCUAAUUUCGACCGGCAAGUUGUACUCAACUCCACCUUAAGGGGUUUGACGGAUUCUCUGCGGAGUGGACAACAACAAACCUUGGUGUUCGCCCGGCGCCCAGCCUCAAUUUACGUGGCAUCGACCAUAUUUCGAGCAGUCAUUGUUUUUGGCGUUUUUUUAACGGGCUCCGAGUUGGAAUUAACUUAUUAGCACUCGCCCGCCGUGCUCGUGACGGAUCGCCCGACGAAGUAUUCCACAGCACUAAAAUGGGUCUGAAUGCGUAUGUGGCCACUUGUGUGAACAUGGGGAUGUCAAGUGCCUAUCAUAACUCGGAACCGUUCUCCCAUGGCGCAGGGUAGGCCUGAUGCAAGAUCCACUGCCCCUGCUACCACUGUCUACCGGCAGGCUGAUUGUGCAGUAGGUUCUAGCUGGGGAGUCGGGGAACCUGCCGCAGACUAGGUUAAGUCCAUAAAUUGCCACAAACUAGCUUGCGUGGGAGUUGCCAGCUUCACAGCUGUGCACCAUGUGGAUGGCGCAGUCUGAGUGUUACUUGAGCGGGGGACAUUUGGAUGUUUCGGCGUAUUAAUCGCGCCGGGGGUCGUGCUUAGUAGGGUGUUGGAGGCAAGUAUCUGAGACGCGCCUCAACCACGCCCUGGAGGCUGAUGGCAUUUUUGCGGGAGGGCGCGUUUGGGGACAGUUUACGGUAUUUUACGCCGAAUGGGGUGGCGGCCCCACGGUCGAAUGCGAAGCGCAGAUAGAACUAACGUUACAGUCCGGGAAUGAAGGGGGUCACCUGCGUAUUCAUCGCAUCAGACAUAUUCCAUAGAAAUUUGGAGAUCAUCAAUUUAACGCAGUUAUGACGGACAUGCAAGUUCCGGGUCUGUGAGCUCGCCGCAGAACCGUUGUCCAGCGGUGGACAGUGGGAAGAAGGAAGUGCCAAAAUAAUAGGCCUUGGGAGGUUGUUGUGGGUAUCAUGCUGAGUCAGAAGAGAGGACCAGGUUGACGAAGUUAACUACUAUUGUCUUGAGACGGCGUUGUGCAUUUAUUCGGCUGCUGGCGGAAUGAGCUUGAGCUAUUUCAGGGCGUGCAAUGACGUGGGUCUUCCGGUCAAUGUGAGACGGUGACCCUGAGACCUAACGCCCAGUCAGCACUCGUGACUGCUUGUUGGUCCAGAUCCUUCUGUACCCUACUUGUAUCUGCUUGAUCCGCUUGAUGACCGCAGUCAAGACCAGACAGAAGGCGAAGUACCUGGCGGAUUCACUCUCGAAUCGGCGAUGUAUUAAUAGGCUAUCUGUUGUGGCGAUCUACCUGCUUGUGAAUCGUCCAGGCUCCUAGAAGCCACGAACUAGGCGACUGGCGUGUAUUACCUGGGCUUAUGCUGGUCUCCGUUAGUGUGGGUAGCGUGGGAGGCGACCCAUGGUCUAAGAACUCGUCAAGGCCCGUGCUGUGCUUGAACUACUGCUGCUUCUGGGUUUUUGGAAUGACGGGAAGUUGAUGUUUUUAUAGCUCGACCGUUACCAGGGCUCUUAGUGGGUUCUGUUUUACCGCUGCGGUAGCCUGACGUCGCUCUUCAUCUGCCAAUUGCCGAUAGUGUUUUGUGUCUGGUUCAUGCAUAGUACUUUUUACUGGAUGUCUGGGUACUGACUCAGACAGAAAUUCGGCACCGAAGGUCUUUACAUUUUUUAAAAAAUUACUACUGUACAUUAAUGGCUUAAACAGACUUUUCUUAUUCAGGAGCGACGACUACGACGACUGCAUCCAGCAUACUCUCCAAAGUACCUUGAGUGAGGAUGGCGACUCGCUGCCGUCUUUUAGUCAACGCCCUGCCUCAAAGACAGAGAAAUCCCGGAAGCAGAAUCUUCGUGAGGUACAUGUUGUGCACCUGUCGAGCGUAGGAUUUGCUUUUGACCUUUGGUUUUGCUAAAUCUUGGCGUAGGAGUAUCUGUGUGUACCGUGCGGUAGACGCACAGUGUUAACCCUUCCUCAUCUUGGUCUUGUGCGCGCAAUAGCUCCGCGAGGAUUUCGAGUGUGACCCAGAGCUCUACGGUAUAAGACGAUCAAGUCGCAGCAGGCGUGAGCCUGCCCGUUUUGAACCACCAAAGGCCGCUGAAUAUGAGCGAAAGCCGAGGCCAAGGAAUCGCAUUUCAUCAGAAUCUGACUCGAGUGAAGAUAACUCUGCCGAAAGUUUGCGUCACGGCAACGUGUGCAGAAAUCACGUAAGCCAUUUUUUUGGACCUAGACCUCAUUAUAUCGGGCUAUCAACCGAUCGUGAUUCUUUUUUAGUGUCUUAUGUUUGCACAAAUCUUGGGAACUCGGUCUUAUAAGUCGUUGCUCUUGUUUGAGAAGGAGCUAUGAAGAACAGAAUUAUAAACGCGAAGUUGCUGACACUGACUCCGAUAAUUGACAUUGAUGACUACAAAUAAUGAUACCAGUCUCCCUUGUCUUUGUCGGUAAUAUCAUUCUGAUGGUACCAUCGUCCGUGCGGCCAUUUGCGGCUCCCGUCCUGAAACUUUACCUACCCUAGAUUCCAACCGUAUGGGGAUGGUCUGCCUUUCAAACCAACUUACAUGACCCCUAACAAACUGAGCCAAUUCUACUCAGGUCUUCCGCCACUUAAGUACCUAUUUUUUAGUCUGACCGACUCAAGUUUUGCCAAAAAACUCACCGGAGUAGGUAGUUGCCAGACGCUUAGGGUGGACCUAGCUAACUAAAGUUAUUAAACUGCUUAUAGGGCUUUUUACAGCAUAGGUGUCGACUUACAAGUGUGUUCUUGUCAUUUUCCUUAAACGUCUAUUCCAAAUGACAGUUAGCUCUUGUGUGUAUUUAAAUUGCACUUGAUGUCUGUUACAUAGAUGGUCCGGUUGAUUUCAUAAAUCCGCUUCUGCGGACCCAGCCUCCCUAUUCCUUAGCAGUGCUGAUCAGACAAACUUUUAAGGCCAUUCAACACCACACGGACACCCUAGACAUCGGAAAUUUUUGAAGUUCGCGCAAACUAACUAGGCAUUCCUCCUACUUGCUCAGAUACUCGUACCGCGAAAUGUUAAAAAAUAGGUGAGAUCGGUUGCAGGAGAAUGGUUAUUACGGAGAAUGUAAUUCUGGCACGGCGAUCGAGUUCAACACGAUGCCAUUCCCGCCUAAGGAACUAGACGACGAAUCUUGACAACGUCAAGAAGCUGUUUGUGAUAGGGGGGAGCUCAUCGAUCAAGUUACGGGACAUGCUCGUUCUGUCGUGUCUUCGGGUCCAACCUGGAGCCCUUGCAGGCAGUCGCAUAGCUGCUAAUGGUGUACGUAGAACGGAGGUACCCGACCAAGAUGAUGGAGACGGGAAUGGCCAUUUCUGACUUAUUAACCGUCGUCGGCCCACCGUAACCAACCCGAGAUUUGAAGACACCUGAUGGUCGGACCUAGGUUCUUUUGGUUAUUGAGCAUUAGUAAGUCGAAAGAACCCGAAACUUAAUGGUUAGGUCGUUGAAUUACUAACGCCCAAUAACCAAAAGAUCCUAGGUUCGACCAUCGGGUGCCCUCAAACCCGUGUUUGGGUACUAGCGGUUGACGACGGCUAAUAAACCAGUAAUGGUCACCCCGGUCUCCCUUGCCCACAGAAGCUACUUGUCUCCAGCCCUGAACAGAGACAAAACAAAACGUGUUCAGUAUAAACUCCCUCGCUUUCAUCGCUCAAAAUGGCCAAAGCUAGUGUAGGCUAUGAGAGUUUUUGUAGUCUUCAUGUCUUUCAACCACUCAUGACGAGUAUAUAUAAUAGUUAAUUCCAGCUAGCGUCACUUUACCUUAAGGUCACAUCAGAUUUUCAGUUGUCUUCGACGACAACUCGCAUUUCAUUGAGACGACCUACGUGCCUUAUUAGUUACAAGCCCAGAUGGUAGGCCUGCUGGUUCCCAGUGUCCACGGAUUGGCUACUACUAAAUUAAAAUCAAUCGCAGAUCGAAUCUGACAGUAUGGCAUUAGUUGCGCCUUCCCAUGACACUAUGGACCGCAAAGCCCGUUAGCCCGUCGUAGUAACAGAACUUGCAAGAGCAUGUAGGGGUAUCCGCGUAGGUCUUGUUAAUCCUCUUAACGGCGUUCUUGGUUGUGACCGGCCCAACCCUGUCUUCAUUAUCAAGUCUCAAUUGCCAUUUGAAAUAAACGUGUGUACACAGUUGCACGGUUUCAACUGUCCUUGUUCGUUGAAGAUAUCAAAGGUGCUUUUUGGAAGCGCCAUCGGAAGUGUCAAUCCGUUAUUGUUACUGGGCAUAUGUCUGCUUAUCGUUGCUUUUUACUUUCCUCAGCAAUGAACUGCUUGCUUGUAUUAGGUCAGUUUGAACUAGGGUCUAUAGUUGUAGGCCGAAAUUCGAUGCAUGAGUAAUUGGGUCACAGCGAGAUAACCGCAUAUUAUUCAUUAACUGCCAACAGGCAGCUAGUGGUAUUUACCGGGAUGUAGGAUAUCCUGUAUCUCAAUAUAUUUGCUUACAUGGCGCUCAGACAACCGUCUCUCUCAAGUGUUUGAUUAUGGCGCGAUUCAGAACACUUGAACCGAGAUGAAAUCUGUCCGGCUAUCCCAUCCUUUUGUACGGAAGUUAGGUGUUUAAUCUCCGCUCACACACAAGAGUAAGCAAGUAGUUUUGUAAAGGCUGGGGUUUUAGUGCACCGAGACCUGUGCUAAGUUCCUCCACCGUUUGUCGAUAAACGUACCUCCAUUCGCCGCAAUCCAUGCAGAUUAUUAUCAAUUAGUGCACUCGGUAGGCGAUUGAGAUGACUGCGUAAAAUUGUUUACUCCAUUGCUAACCUAUCUGAAAACCAGUUUUCUUUAUUAGAACGGAAGGGCUUCCGACCGAACUCGUGGUAUCAGAGUCAGCUAUAAAAGUGCUUUCGUGGACGAGAGCGACUCUAACGAAGAGGGUGAAACCACAACUCGUCGCAAACGGCUGUCUGGCAGUGGCUGCAAUUCAUCGCUUCCCACGUCAAGGUUUGCAAUGUCCUUUUCCUGACUUUUUGUUCUGACGUUUUUGCAUAAUUCUUACGAUCUGUUAUUUGGAUCGCCUGUAGAAAUCAGGCCCUGCUUCAGAGACCGAAGGGCUCCCUUAUACGUCUUUCUGGCAAGACCUCAGACAGGUUAGCUGUAUAGUCCCGCAGCCUCCGCCACCGCCGUUCUCCCUACACAUUUUUUCCAUGCUUUAUUAUUUAUAGUACCGUCGCAUCAACAUUCGCAUAAUCGCCUCAUCAGCAUGCUUAAUUUCGUCAUUGCGCAGUCCAUCUGACUCAGCUUUGUGCAUCGUCUCGACCUCAAGCUUGUUAUUCUCUUGUUCUUUAGGGCACACAUUCUGGAUGAGGGCAAAAACACAGAUACCUCGGAUGCUGAGUCGAUGUCUUACGCACCGCGCGAUAAUUUUUCUGAUGACGACGGGAUGGAGUCUGGAGCUAGCGAUUCGAGACAAAAACAAACUGAAUAUCUCGACGUCGAUGAGGUGGACAUCAUUGAAGAGGUCCUAACCCACGCCAUCCGCCGAAUCGGUGCCACUGGAAAUCCCACCACCUUGUACAACUGUCGUAUGGAGCACGAUCCAAAUGAGGGGUUUGAUCCGUCAAAAGAGAAAGGGGAGUUGCAGUUCCUAAUAAAGUGGCGUUCUUGGAGCCACAUCCAUUCUACAUGGGAGACUGAAGCUUCGCUUCUGAGUCCCGAACGCGGUUGUCCUGUGGACGGUAUGAAAAAGCUGUACAGCUACCGUGCUGCCAUGACAGAACGUCAAGACCGAGAGAAACGAGCCGAGCAAGAUGAGCUAGAUGCGUUAGUAUACGAGGACGAACGAAAUGAACUGCUGUUGGCUGAAAAAAUGAACGUCGAUCGUAUCGUGGCUCAUAGCCGGGACAAGGAGCAGGGUUCCUUUGAUUAUCUUGUCAAAUGGCGGCGACUUGACUAUCGUUACUGUACUUGGGAGUCGGGGCGAGUGAUAAACUUUCUCUUCAAGGAUUCCGUUGAGGCAUAUGAUAAGAGGCUGAAGUCCACCGCCCUCCCAAAUUCUAAGCACGAAGCUUUGCGCAUACGGCCGAAAUUCGUUCGUCUUGUAGAACAGCCAGAAUACAUAGGUGCUGGAGUCGAGGGCCUUCAGCUGCGGGAUUAUCAACUUAAGGGUCUGAAUUGGAUUGCACACGCAUGGACUCGAGGAAACAGCGUUAUUCUCGCCGAUGAAAUGGGCCUCGGAAAGACGGUGCAAGCUGUGAGUUUCCUCUCAUAUCUUUUCCACGAACAUCGCCUCUGCGGCGCCUUUUUGCUGGUUGUCCCUCUGAGCACUGUCUGUAGCUGGCAACGGGAGUUGGAACUCUGGGCUCCUCAGUUAAAUGCCAUCACAUACACUGGUGAUCACAUCUCACGCCAACUCAUUCGCGAGCAUGAGUGGUCGACUACUUCCUCCGGUGGUGGACGCCGGCAGCAACUUUUGAAAUUUAAUGUGUGCAUAACUACCUACGAAAUUCUGCUCAAGGACAAGUCUUGGCUCAGCCAGGUAUCCUGGGCUGUGCUCGUUGUAGACGAGGCCCAUCGUCUAAAGAAUGACGCGAGCCAGCUCUACAAGUCCUUAUUUUCUUUUGAUACGAAUACACGUCUCCUCAUAACAGGGACACCACUUCAAAACUCUCUCAAAGAACUGUGGUCCCUUUUGCAUUUUCUGAUGCCUAGUCAGUUUGACGACUGGGAUAGCUUUGAAGCCCAUUAUAGCCUACAAAACCAGGACCAAAACUACGGUACCAACAGUUAUGACGCCAUUCGGAGCUUACACCGGUUGCUCGAGCCAUUUUUGUUGCGUCGUGUGAAAAAGGAUGUGGAACAGUCACUGCCGGCCAAAACUGAACAGGUCCUUCGUGUGGAAAUGUCUAAGAGACAGUCGACCAUCUACCGCCUCAUACUAGCGCGCAACUAUGAUGGUCUAAUGAAAGUCACACACGGCCAUAAAACUUCCUUCAUAAACAUUGUCAUGGAGUUGAAGAAGUGUUGUAACCACGCCAAUCUUAUUGCGCCUCCCAAGGACUCCGAACUUUUGCGAAUGGAUCGGGAGGAACUUCUGAAAACGGUGCUUAGAGGGAGCGGAAAGCUAAUGCUGCUUGACAAGCUCCUUUUGCGACUCAAACCAAAAGGCCACCGGGUUCUAAUUUUUAGCCAAAUGGUGCGCAUGCUGGACAUCAUAGCGGAAUACCUCCAAUUGCGCGGAUGGAGUUUCCAACGUUUAGACGGUUCAAUUCGCGGCGAGCUUCGAAAACAGUCUCUCGACCAUUUCAACGCCGAGGGCUCCACCGACUUCUGUUUUCUGUUGUCAACACGAGCUGGGGGUUUAGGUAUAAACUUGGCCACCGCAGAUACGGUCAUAAUUUUUGAUUCUGAUUGGAAUCCUCAGAACGACAUACAAGCCCAGGCCAGGGCACACCGAAUUGGCCAGACCAAACAAGUCUCAGUUUACCGACUUGUUGUAAAGGACUCAGUUGAGGAGAAAAUCAUUGAAAGCGCAACCCGAAAGAUGUUGCUUGAUCACCUCGUUAUACAAAGAAUGGAAUCAAGCGGCAAUAGGGGUCCUGGUCGGAGAUUCGAUUCCAAGGGACAACUCCUAACCGAAAUCCUCCGUCACGGUGCUGAGAAUCUUUUUAAACAAUGCGACGAGGAAGGCGCCGAUGUAGAGGUGGACAUCGACGAUAUUUUGAGACGGGCGGAAACUCGGGAUGCAGACAAUACAGAAGAUGCUUACAAUCCAGCCAACGCACUCCUCUCCACAUUUAGCGUUGUAACUCUAGAUCAGUUGGAACCGGACGAAGAGACUAAGCCUGUGCAUAUAGAACAGUCUGGCAGAUCAGUUGUUGGGAAAAAUUGGUCUGAGAUCAUCCCCUCCGACUUGCGGGAGCAGGUAAAGACUGAAAAUGCCAAACAGUCUCUGCUAGAUUUGGAGCUCGGUCCUCGCCGUCGCCGUCAGGUUAAAGCUUACCAAGCUGGUCUGGACAACUAUAACAAUUCAGAGUCGUCCUCAGAUAGCGAGCGCACCACAGACGAAAAGCCCUCAUCAAAGUUUUCGGACAAAGAAAUUCGCGCCUUAGUCAGAGCAGUGAAACGUUUUGCUCACCCCCUUGAGCGCAUCGAUACCAUUGCUGCCGAAGCCGAACUACCAGAUCGGACUAGUAAUGAAGUUCGUGAAGUUGUUGAAUCAGUUUUAAAAGGAUGUCGGGCGGCAAUGGAAGCCUCUUUAAGCAGGCCUUCAGAAGAGCUCGUUGACGGAAACGGGAAGAACAAGGGCCCAGUGUAUUAUUACGGCAAUGUGGCAGUGUCGGCUCGGCCACUGCUACAGAGCCUUAACGAUCUUGAAAUUCUUCACAAAUGUCUCCCUCCGGGCUCGAAGGAAGACCGCCUGAACUACGAGUUGCCCUUUUUGCCCAAAUUAGUGAACUGGACAAUGCCUUGGGACGUCAAAGAUGACGUCAGACUCCUUGUCGGUGUAUAUGAGCAUGGCUACGAUAACUGGGAGGCGAUCAAACUGGAUGCGGAUCUUGGUUUGGGCUCCAAACUUUUGCCACUAUCGGCGACCGAGCGACCACAAGCAAGCCACAUCCGGACACGGGUCGAUUACUUGCUGAAGAUGCUCACAAAGAAGGCGAACAAAGCGACAAUUGACGGGAUAGGAGACCAUUCACGGAGCCACAGUUUGAAUCUGAAAGCUCCCUGCGAAACUGAAUCGGAGACUAAACGCCGCUCUAAGCGAUCAACUGCUGAAACUCGGCAUGUGGAUUCAUCUCGCGGUUCCGGUCUGAAUCCAAAAUCUGAUGAGUUCGUUGAGUCCGACGACACCUCCUCAGAUUCCUCAGACGAACCUGAUCUCUCCGCUGUGAUUACUAAGCCGAAGGCCUCCCACCGAACGCUCAAGCGGUCGAGGAUGACGUCACUUGUAAACGAUGCAGAACGAAGUUCCAUCGAAGUGAAAAAGAAGAAAAAAACGCGCGAAAAGACAUCAAAACCUCUCCAUUUUACUGCUAACCGGGAGCCUGUGGAAAUUAGUAAAGAAGAAGAAGAAGAAUUCCACAAAAUGCGUGGUCCCCUUUUCGAUGAAGUAAGUUUUUAUCGUCAAAAUCUCUAUCCUGCUUAUCUGCAUCAUUGCUUAGGCUCCGCCUCUUGUCACACAGCUAGCAAAUUCAAAAUAUUUCGCCUUUUUAAAGUCUUGUCGUGUGGUUUCCAUUCAUUUCCCCGAACACAUCCAAGUUCGAUACUCAUGCUUCAAUCCUUAGGCUUUGCGCUUGGUUCGAGUCGUCAUUUUGUCACUGUUGGAGCAGUCGACUCACGUGCACCGCAUGUCCUUGCCGAAAGGACGGGUACGAAGUUUUCCUUAAAAGAAGUAGACCUUUUAAGUACAAGCCGUCAACGAAGCUGUCGUGUUUAGAAUGUAAAUUCAUUUUCACGGCGCAGUCCACUCAAUUAUGUUCAAUUCUGUUUAAGAAGAGCAAAUUUUUCCUUCUGCUUUAUAGUGCAAAAAGAAAUUGUAUCCCGUCAAAAAGCAGUUGAAAUUACUGGAAUACUUCGAAGAUGAAGACAUGACAGACUCCGAGCAGUACGACAAGGCGAUCAUGAGGAUCGGGGACCAUAUUAGCUCAUUAACAAAAGAAAUGACUCACAAACAUGAAAGACACUCCUGGCGUGGGUGAGUUUUCGGCUCCAAACCCACUUCAUUUAUAUGCUUUCUCAAUAAGUUGAUUGUAACUUUCGACCGCUUUUCUUAGCUACUUUUGGGAAUUUGUGCAAAACUUCUCAAAGAAGGGUCCGUCCGAGUUGCAGCACGUCUAUCGUUCCGCAAUCAAGCGUGAACGGAAAGCUUCCGAAAAGGAAAAGCGCCAAAAACACCCUGAGGAAGAGUCGGCGGACAGAUCUGGACACGGUAAAAUCCGGAAUACAAACUUCACCCCUGGUAAUGAAAGUGAGAAAUCCGCCGCUGACUCUGGAAUAAGGCCAUAUCGCCAAGAAUUCCCUCCGGACAAGUCCGUUCGUCACGAUGGUUAUCACAAGCGCCCAUCAGAUGCUCGCUUUGAUCCUUAUUCCCGAAAGUCUACUGAUUUGCGUUCUCACGAUUCCGAUCGGUCUCGACAUGGUAGUGACCGUCACGGUGACUGGUCCCGUCGUGAUCGGCCGCACCAUCGAAGAAGUGGCGACUGGUCAGGUCAAUGUGGAUUCAACAGUGACAGGUAAUUUUUUGUUUUGAAGGAAUUCUGUUGUGUUUUGCGAGCACACGCCGUCCCGCAGCAAAAUUAAAUUAAGCGCCACUCGUCCAUUGCAAUCGUCAGAGGUGCCUGUCCCUGCCUCUCCCCUUUGUCCUGAAUCUCGCCUUUCGUUGAUCGUUGGUAGUGUGGUGCGAUCUUACUUCUCGGCUCGUCCUUGUCGUCUAGAACAAUUUACCUGCUAAUUACAUUUAAGGUUAGAAGGCAAAAAAUUCCCUGCUGGCAUCGUUACUUUGUAUUUGCGCAAAGGUGGGUAAGGAUAGGUUGUUUAACGCCACUGGGUUUUGCAUGUAUCGAUAACUACUAUAUUUGUUUUAGAAGGCCUUGUUUAGUUUAUUAAUCCAUAGCUACAGGAAGUCUCCCUUUGUGUGUUACCCAACACUUGAUAUAACCACAUGCAUCGAGUCGUUUCAGUAUGACUUUUCUAUUGAUAAAUUAUUUGGCAUGAUGUUCUCGCUCCACCUCUUUGUAAUUCCUUCGUCUUUGAUCUCAUAGUUACCCCGAUGUGCUUGCAUUGCCUUUCGUUGUCGAUUCCGUACGCCGUGACUUACUUGUUUCUUCUGAAAGGGUAGUUAAACCCGUUUGUGCCAUGUCGGUACUCAUCAUGCUAUGCGUGCUGCAAGGAUCGCCGGCUGCAUGUUGGUUUACUUUACUUUGGUUUACUUUGUCUCCUUUCUUGAUAUCUCUGAACUGUUUCUGUUGUCGAACGCCUCCCCCUGACUUAUUUUUUUAAAGAAUAAUUGUGAAUGGUCCCUCUCAUAAACACAUUAGUAGAACAAUCGAAUUUAGUUGAAAGGUGUGGUAACACAACCUGCUGUUGCCCAAAGGUGCAUACAUUUAUAAGUCGGAUUUUCCGAAGUCGGACUCUGUAGUGUUUUUGUAAAAUAGCGCUCAUAUUCGCCUCUUACGUGAUUUACGACGGCUGGGGAGUUGCUUCGGAUUUCCGAUGACUGGUUCCUUAUGUUUUUUCAUUUAAAUUAAUGCCUCUUUCCAAAGAGCCGUCAUCGAGCGCACAGGUGAUGAGCAUCAGCAAAUGAAAUCAUCUGGGUAUGAAGUACUGACUCUUACCUCUGUUGUCGCGUUUCUUCAGCGAAAAAUUCUUAGGAACAUCCGCGUCUGAACCAGUCUUUUUGCGCAGCAUGUAAUUUGGCGAAAAAGGUGCGCAGCUUCUAGGGUGCCGCUCCACCGGCCAUCAUAAUUUUUGCCUUUUUGCCGGCACUUUUCGAGAGUAAGUCAAAAAUCAAUCUUGGGGUCGGACUAAUUGCUGAGCCGGCAGCUGACUGGACCUAUUUUUCACACGACGGUCUCCUCUUCCCACUCGGGCCAAUUCUUUCGACUGAUCGCGUCCACAGAGACGCGCUUGGUCUAGUAUGUGUUUGACGAGCCGUCCACGUGAGUUUACUCGGGAUCUUAAACCGUUACCCGAGAAGGAGAACCUCACACUGCCCAAUUUGAUUAGUUUGCCACAUUCUAACCCAUAGAAUCGCACCCCGUCACUCCCACUUGUCCGGGGUAUUUUAAGGAACCAACGUUUUUAUCAUCCUGACGUAGUUUUGUGAUCUCAACUUUCUCUAAUGCUACUGUACGGUCCUAGUCAAGUGCGCGAAUAUCAAUUUUAUCCGCACGCCUGAAUAAUUUUGGACCUCACGCCACUCGUGCUGCUAGAGCAGUUUUAGGACGGUGGUCUCUACCACUUUCGCAAUUUUAGCCCACUUGUUUUGUCGGCCGUUAUAUAUCUACUAUUUUACAAGCUAGAAUAGCACUCUUCACCUGCACUUAUUUUCCAUGUAUAUCAGUUGGUUUUGGGUUUCCCGUCAAGUACGGAGCGAGUGUAUACUCCCAGGAGCGUCUGAUUGUAACUGUAAUCGAUUCGGAUAUUGCAGCAGCAAGUUGGCAUGCAGUUUCCUGUUUGCUUCAAUUAAGAAAUGUGAGAUCUCAUUUCAUAGUUUUUUACGAUCCAUUUGCAGACGGUACGAUCGCUUCAAUAACGCUUUCAACAGGCCUGCCGCAAACUUUGCCAAUCAACCACCCCAGAUGUUAAACUACGGCAGAAGACCACCUGCGUUCGGUAAUAAUGAAUUUACCUUGCCCCCACCCCCUCCCGCAACAGGCCACCCCCCUUUCCACCCACCCUGGUCGCAUGCGCCAGGCCCCUACUCCUCCCUCCCAGCACCUGUUUUACAACCUCCCGUGAGCAUAAUCCCACCCCCAAUUAUACCUCCGCCUGUAGACCCCACCCCAAGCCCCCCUUCCCUCUCACGCGACCCAAGACUGACCUCAUCCACCCGACAGUAG